AUAUUAUAGACUAUAGUAUAAGCCUCUUUUACAACGUAAUGGUAUUUGUUUAAUGAGUUGGACUUUGAAAAAUAAGACGCAAUGCGCCUUCGUUCUCUCGUGUACUUUUUAGUUGAAAAACAUCGGGUAAUACGCGCAUUUGUUGAAAUUAAUCGCUUAUAAACGUGAUGAUGAUGUAUUUGCGUAUAAAAACGAUUAGUCCCCAAGUCGUUAGAAAAAAAACUCACUGUAUAGGUGCAUUAAACUAAUUACUGCAGCAUAUAAUAAUAAAUAAUAAUGACCCUUCUUAAAUUUUUAAGAUCGAAUUAAGUUUGCCACCGUGGAAAAUAUAUUUUGCUCUCGUUUUUCCCAUUAUCUUAUCGAAUUUUUCAGACGACUGAAAAUGAUUAACGAGAUUUCGGAAACUGGUUGUGCACAAUUUUAUUGUUUUAGCCAGCUAUAUAUAGUACCCAUAUCUCGUUAUAAUAAUUACCUGUGGUGUUAUGCAACGACGGAAACCAAAACAGUUAUACUACGGUGGCGGUAUAUUCAGCUAAUUACCAAAAACCGAUAUCACGCCGACAAUAACGCCGGAUAGUAUUAUAUAACGUGAUUUAGUCGUCACCGAAAAUUUGAACAUUACAGUGAUCAGGAAAACAACAAUAAUUUACCACUCGUCAAUGUCUGGCACAAUGAACUUCGUGGAGUCGUGUGUACAAAAUAAUAUGUAAACAUAUCAUAACAGUUCGUCCAAAUUUCAAGUUAUACACAAAACCUGUAGUAGGGAACAUCGUAGGCACUUUCGAUAAUUGUUGUAACGCGAAAUAAUGACUACACUAUACAUCUUAUAAUAUAUAUAAUUAUGUCACCGGAAAACAAUACGAAUUUCGGCGUGUAUGCUGUUUAUAGCGUGGUCACUGGUCGUGGUGUCAUUCAAACAAGCGUGCAGUUUUCACGAUUUUAAUGUUCUAAAAUAAUGCGCUUUUAUGCGAGAUGGUCUGCGCACACACAACAACAAUAAAAAUAAUACAUAUAUACCUAAUGUAUAUAUGAUGGAUAUUAUAAUAGAUAUAUGUAAGAAUAAGACAAUGGAUUUUUUGCAGCCUUCGCGGUAGGUAAACUCGUAUAGUUUUAUAAAUUAUAAUUUUAUAAAGGUAUUCUAAUAUGGACUGUUUAGAAAAUACUCUCGUAUGUACGAAAUAAAUUAAUAAGAACAUUGCCAGCGUAACGUUCACUCGCGUCAGAUGAAAACGUGAUGUACCGCGAAAUUCGUAUCGUUUAUAUUUAGAGCGAUUUUUUAUCGCGCCAUAGAUUCAAUUAAAACCAUUAUUACUCGAUAUUUCCACCUAAGUUAUGUUGUGUAGUUAUGGUAACUGUGAAAUAUGAAUGUAGUUCAAUGUCACCGUCCUACGAAAAAACAGCUGAUAACGACCAUCACGCAGAAGUCCACGCGUUUAUAAUAUUGGUAUACUUCAAACCGAUAAUAACAUAUAAAAAUACUUGAACUGCAGUUUAACGGUCUAUAGAAAAUUGGUGGAUACACUUCGCACUUCGCAUACUAUGCCGGCGCGGAUGCCCGUCAUAACCUAUGAUUACAUAAUAUUAUAUAUAUAUUUCAUACGCGCAUAGGACAUUGACCUCGAAGAAAAACUACUCAUCUUCGUCCUUCCACCUUCGACGUCGGUUCCGCUUCAGCGCGACAUCCAACUCCGCACCGUUUCUAUUAUAUGUGUAUAAUAUGCGAGCGCGUUCCUGAAAGUUUCAAUAGCGACGCGAGUCUGGUAUCAGCGGUAGUUAUGUUUUGAAUUUCUGCCGGCGAAAUAAUCGACAGCAGGACAAUAGAAUAUUAUACUGCGUUUUAGCGAUUGACCGUAUAGGUAGUAGUGUAAUAAAUGUAUAAUUAUAUAUUAUAUUAUACACCAUACUGCGUAAACGUAAUACGGUGUACACCCUCCAAUGUUUAGGUUUAUUGACACAAAUUGCAGACGAAAUAAAUCCUUUAUAUUUACAUACGAGGCCCAUCUAAUCCAUUACGAUUAUUCUCUGAAAGCACGUUUAGCUUCGGAAUAUACUGCCGCGCCUUCGUUUGACGCUCGUUCCUACCUAUACCUAUACAGUUUCCCAUCAUGUAGAAUCUAUAUCGUAGAUGGUUGUACUUAUUACCUAAUUCCUACGAUAUAGUAUGCACCCCGCACACACUCUAAUCAACAUACAGCGUGCUAUAUGUAAUAUAGUAUUAUAUAUACAUUCAUGUCGCGCUAUAUACUGAGUGCGUGUGUUUGGAUUUUGCAGCCGCACCGAGUUUUACGCGUCUUUUUGGCAACGCGUCAUCGAUCGGCAACGCCGCCGUCGAAUUCGCCGACGGUCCCUUCAGCGUAAACGGUCGCCACCACCGGAAAGUGCCCGCCGUCGUCAUCAGUUGUACAACAAAUAAAGAUUCCAAGAGAUCACUUCUACGAGGGUUACCGAAAAGGUUUAACACUGGCUAUCGCUACUUCCAAACUGUAUUCCCAGGCUCCUUUACGAGUGUCAACGAGGCUAUACUAAUGAGCGUCCUUGACCGAACCGUGUUCAAAGUUGAACACAAAUUAUUAUAAUGCCGGAUUUAACGUUUUCGUGUCGUUGAUGUGGUUGGAUAGAAUUUUCCGACCCCAGAGGCCCGAAGGAGGACGGGAAUACUAUUCCUCCUACUUACAUGAACACACCCGACAUUCGCGUCCGUUCGGCCGUGUUCAUACCUGUUCAUGACAGACCCUCUAUUUUUCAGCCUUAAUUUGGGAGUGGAUCAAAUGGCUACGUUGGCCGAACACGCGGCUGACUUUAGUGGCAUGCUGGCCGCAAGUGGCAUGGGCAUGCCGCAGCCGAUGACCGCCGCACCGGUGCCGCUCGCCUUGCACCCGCACCACCAGUCAGUGCGUGGCCCUCUGCCGGGCUUGGUGAAAAUCGCUCAGCCUCAACCGACGGCGGUGUCGGCGGCCAACAAGGCGGGUUCUCCGCUGCAAAACGGCAAUCAGUCAGCUCAAGACGUCGCGGCUGUGGUGGCCGCACAACAGCAACAACAACAACAGCAACAGCAAUUACAACAACAGGCCAUCAUCGGCGGCGGCAAACAGAAUGGCGCCGUGGCGGUCGAACAAAUGGUUUCGGCACCAUCGCCCAGCGGCCGGUCAACGCCAAACAGCAGUACCGAAGGCACUUCGGCCAAACUCUUCGUCGGUGGACUCAGCUGGCAGACGUCGGCCGACAAGCUCAAACAGUAUUUCGGCAUGUUUGGUGAUGUGACCAAUGUACUCAUCAUGAAGGAUCCCAUCACGCAGAGGAGUCGUGGUUUUGGAUUCAUCACGUUUUCUGACGCAGAAACUGUAGAGAAAGUGUUAGCCGUGCCCAUACACACGUUGGACGGCAAGAAGAUCGACCCGAAGCACGCGACACCCAAGAAUCGCCCAAAGGCCGGCAGUAAAACCAAGAAGAUAUUCGUAGGCGGUGUCAGCCAGGACACCACCGCUGACGAGGUAAAGGCUUACUUCAGCCAGUUUGGCAAGGUAGAGGAGACAGUGAUGCUGAUGGACCAGCACACCAAACGUCACCGUGGCUUCGGGUUCGUCACGUUCGAGAAUGAUGACAUAGUGGACACGAUAUGCGAGAUCCACUUCCAUACGAUCAAGAACAAGAAAGUGGAAUGCAAGAAGGCGCAGCCCAAGGAACUGGUGCAGCCAGCGGCCGCGGCCGCCGCAGGCCUGUUGCUGGGCAAGCGCCCUGUGUUGGUCGGUGGGCCGCUGGGCGUCCGUGUGGCAGCCGCCCCGGUGUCGCAGGCGAGCCACCAGCUGGCAGCAGUGCAACAAGCUCAGGCACAGGCCCAGGCGCAGGCUCAAGCAGCCGCGGCCGCGGUGGCCGCGCACAACUACAACAAGCUGUUCGCCACUUACCCAGGACUGGCCAGCUACCGUUACGCCCCGUAUCCAGUGCCGGUGUCCGCAGCUGCGGCCCCGCAGCAAGCAGCCGCCGCCCCGCAACCGGUGCCCACAGCUGCCGCGGCCACGCAGGCCGCGUAUCCGGCCUACAGCCUGUCCGGCAUCGACAUGAGUGGCUUCCAAGGCAUCGACUGGUCGUCCAUGUAUGGCAUGGGCGGCAUGUACGUUUAGGCCCGUUUCAACCCUUAUUGCGCGCGUCCUGUGCUGUUUGUAUGUUGUGUGUUGGUCAGGUCAAUUUUUUUUCGCGUAAAUGAGAAAACCGAACAAAAAAAUAAAACGAAAAACAUUCUCUUGUUGCUCAGAUACAUUCUAUCAUUGAAAUUAUUUUUUUAAUAUUCAACCAAAAAAAUCUAAAAAAAAAUCCCAACUGAACCCUCCUUAUUCCCACCCAUGCCCAACCGCGUUUCAUUAUCUUUUUUGUUUUUUUUUUAUUCAAAAUCGACGAGGCUGACAGCCAGAUCUUCGGAGAUCAAUCCGCGCGUGUGCCAUACCACUGCCUCAUUGUCGUGAGUUAUUUUUUCAUCGGAUAAAACUAACGAUUUCUAGUCAGAGUUAUCAUUAAUAUUAAUUAUUAUUAUUUUUUUUUUGUGUAUUAUUAUUAUUACUAUCAAUAAUUAUUAUUAAUUUUGAAUAUUUCUCAACUUUCUAAUAGUAGUGUGGUUAGUGUCUAAAUAACGUGUAAUUAAUUAAUUAGUUAAUGUAUUAUUUUGCUCUUUAAUAAAAAAAUUCCAAUGAUCAGUAGAGAAAAUACAUUCCAUUAAGGACCAAAGCUCACAAGCAUACAUCAUGACAAUUUUUUUUAAAUACCAUUACAUAAAUUAUAUUCUCUUUUCUCUAUAUAUUUCAUUCUCUCUCUCUCUCUCUCUCUCUCUCUCUCUCUCUCUCUCUCUAUUUAUGCAUGUAUACAUAUAUUUAAAUUUUGUAUAUAAUAUGUGUAUACAUGCAUAUACUUGAUAAUUAUAAAUCUUUCGCUUCUUAUAUCAAACGCUUCUUUAAAAUCAGAUUUACUAACUCGCUAUAGUAUAGUAGUUUAACUUAGAGAGAAAAUAUAAAGUACGAAAAUGUAUAACAAAAAACAAUAAUUUUUAUGAUAUGUAUAUAUUUUUUUGUUUAUUUUCUCACUACUUAUUGUGUACUUAAAUCAGUAGAAAACAAGACAUUGGAGUUGUUCAACAAUUUAAUUUUAGCUGUCCGCCUAGUGAUCAAUCGUACAUUGUUUUUUUGUUUUUUUUUUUUUUAUUGUCUAAGUAAUGAAAAUCUCACGAGUUCAAUAUUUAGUUAGACACUAAAAGAGUUAAAACGUAUAAUAUUAUCUACUAUAAAUAUAAUAAUUUAAUUUUUCAGCGCGUUUUAGUUUUUAGUUUGUUAGAAUUAAACAAGUAAAAGUUACGAAAAGCACUGAUUCGACUGGACAAUACUAAUUAGAACAUUAUUAUAUGUAUGUAAAGCAAUAAUACUUAAAAGGUUAUUGAUCUCUUUGUUUAUUUAUAUAUAUUUUUUUUUUUAAAUCUUUUUUUAGUAUAGUUUUACUCUAGUGGUAAGCCCUCUAUUUUUGUAAUAUUUUGAGAGUUAAUAAAAAGGAAGACAAAGCAAUUAUACGAAAGAGGGUUAGCGAUGCUUUUACAUACUCCGGUUUUGUGUCGUAUCCUAGACCUAGACUUUUUAGUACAUUUAAACCUAUUCUAGGUGUAUAUUUUUAAUGUCGAAGUCAUUUAGACUUGGUGUGUAUUUUAACAGUAUUUUUUAGUUUAGUACUUUUUUUUGUAGAGUAAUAUUAUUAACUACUAUUUAUUAUUAAAAAAAAAUAUAUAGCUGUAAGAAGUAUUUAAGUGUACACUUUUUGACAUUUUUUUUUAUCAUUACUAUUAUUAUUAUUAUUAAUUUAUUUAGUUUCUGUGUAGAUGUUCUCUACUAUAUAUUCGUGUGUAGUCCUACGUAUAGAUGAAAAAUCGUAAAAAAAAUUAUUAACAGUAGUAUUAGAUACCUCUAUAUACGUGGAUCCUUCAUUUCUUUUAUUAUUUACAAUUAUUAUCAUUAUUAUUACUAUUAUUAUUUUUUAUUAACAAUUUAGUUCUUUACGCACUCUAGUAGUUAAAUGUUUAAAAAUGCUGUGUUGUUUACAUUAUAAAACGGAAAUAAAUAAAAGUAGUAUUUGUCAGUAGAAAAUCCGACCGAUCCGCUUUUGGUUAUUUAA